GAACUCCUCAUAUUGGAAUUGUUGGUGAGUACGCAGACCAUUGUACUGGGCCUCAAGUUAUUCUCAUUGAAUAUUGUAUUCACCUCUGUUAAAUUUGAGUAUCACUUGAGAAUUCCUAACUGAUUUUAGAUCUCAUGUCCCACUUUAGUUUGUCAGUUGUAUUGAAUAAGUUAUGCUGGGGUCAUACAGUGGGUGGCGCUUGAUUUAAGAUCUGAUUUAACCCCGACCCAUCUUCACUGAGUUAAAAGGGCAUCUCUAGCAAUAUCUAGAUACCAAAAAGGAUUCUCAUAUUCAACAUAGGUUGUACCAGUUCGGGAAUCCAAAGAUUACUUCAAAUAAAUUUAAUAAUUACUACAAUACUACAAUAAUUCUACCUAGGGAUAUUUUGCUAUUUCAACCCCAAGUCCUCUCUGGGCAAAAUAGGGUAGCAGACUAUGGCAAAAUGUGAUUCAUUUAUCGAAAGUAUCGAUAGAUCUAGGUAGUAUAUUAGAUGUACUAGCCUUGAAGGGUGGUGUGUCGCCAAAGAUGUGUAUCAAAGAUAUUAAAGUUCAUUUAACUUUAGUCAUUAGGUGUAGUGGAGUUAGAGCCAAGAAGAUAAUAACAAUGAAGCAUGAUAGCUGUUCGAUAGUCGAUGGUUUAAUGAGUUUUAAUGUACAUGAGUUAAUGAAUUGGCAGAAAAAAUUAAUGAUUCGAAGGGUUAGUUGAUUAUGCCUUCGACAUGAGUUACGUACACGAUUCGAUUUGGGACAAUGGAAGACAGAUUUAUCGGAGAUACAACUUCGAAAAAAGGACAUAUUUCUGAAGAGGAAAUUCAAGAUUUAUUUUAUGUUACAGAAGUUAAAGAUGUCAAGGGUCUUAGUACUAUGAUAGAAGUAAGCAAGUGUUCUCUAGGUAUACAUUACUUGUUAGAAGAGGAAUAUCUAGAUGUUAAUGGUGAUGCAUUAAAUGAAGAGGUUUUCAAUGGAUUGAAAACUGUUGAGAAUGAACUGCAAGCGAUAUGGAUGGGCGAUGGAAGGGAUUUGGUCCAUUCAACUAGUGAGGCUUCUGGUGAGUUAACGACAUUAUUUAUGAAUACGGCUAGUAAUUUGUCGAUGCAAAAUAUUUUACAAUCGACUUCAAAAGAGACAAGAAUGCGUAGAAAAGUAUUGAAGAAAUGUGCUGUGGAGGAUGAUUCUGAGUGGAUAAGUAAUUAA